AUGCCUCGUCCAAAUUCGAAUAUCCCUAGCUUCCUCCCUCCUCGCCAUCUUUAUCGAAAUAUCCUCCGCGAGACUUCAUAUCUUCCCCCGGCGAUUCGACCUACCAUCACCACGCAAAUUCGCUCCAAGUUCCGAAAACACCACAAAUAUGACCCUCUACAAGAUAAGCACCGUGCCAAGGGCGCCAAUGUCUUGCGCAAGCUGAGGGCGGCCAAUAGUGGACAUAAGGAGUGGAUGGAAGAAUUAUUGAUGCAUGCUUUUGCAAGGACGGGAUCCCGAAGGCGAAGCCUUAUCUCUGACUUUCUAAAGCCUCAGCCUCCCAGCGACACAGAAGCUUUGGAGGCGACAAUCAAAGGUGUUCAAGAAGACAAGCCGGACGAUGAGGUGGUUGCAAAGUCAACCGAAACGGCGAUCGAGGACGACUCUUAUCAGGAGAAACAAAAGACAGAGAAACACAAGGCAGAAAGCGCAGUAGACACUCCAAGCGACAAAAAGGAAGAAGUGCCCAGGAAGAUUCUGGUCAGACGUGGACCGAAGCCUCUCCAGCCUACAUUCUAUCACAAAUGGGAUACUCGGAAACUCCAAAACUUACAAAUAUCUCAAAAAGCACGUCAAGAGGAGGCGGACAUGUCUUGGCCCAAGUCCGAUAUCAGAAGCCUUCAACCUGACAUUCCAAAAACUAACAUCUGGGGAAACCCAACCCCCGAGAGGGUCUACCAAGCUAAGAGGGCGCACUUCUGGAAACGUGCUGCUAAUAAAGUAAUGCCUCCACUCGACAACAACGAAUGGGAGUUUCUUGGUCAGCUAUCCAGAGGCGCCCAGGAAGACGAGCAGUGGAAAAUCCCAAAAAGGAGGACAGCUGCGAAUCCUUUACGAGCUGUCAAGUCAGACAAGUCACCGACCCUGGACUGGAACUGGGAGAGUUACGCCACUCAACCUACUAAUAGAGUCGAGCGUAUCAAUCAGCUUUCGCAGUUUGCACACGUCGGUCCAGACAAAACGGACCAUCCAUACCACCACCACCUAGAUCGCGAUCUUAAGGAACUGACACCAAGGUGGUUCCGCCGCACUUAUCAGAAAAUCUGGCAACUUAGCCCUAAGAUAGAGACAAGACCAGGUAUAGGGAAAAAAGGCUUUACCUGGGGCACUUUCAAUACUGCUAUUACCGCUCCCUCAAGAAGACAACUCGAAGUCUUCGAAGACGUUCCGCCAGAGCCAAAUUUCAAGAAUAAGGAAAAGAAAAACAAGCAGCCCAAGACACCAGUCCAUCCCAAGGUCGAGUCUUGA